UUUCUAAACACUUAUUUUGAAAGUAAACAAAUAGAAACAUAUUCGAUAAGUUAGGAAUUUAUUUGAUGAAAAUAUAUGGAUCCAGAAGAAAUCGAGUUUAUUGGUGAGAAUGUGUCGACAGGAAUAAUACCGAAUUUUAAUUUUGAAGCUAUUCAUUUGAUAUCAAAUACAAUAGGACCAUUUAAAGCAGGCCUCCCAAUGUAUGUACCAUUGUGGUUAGGAAUACAUAUGAAAAAGCAACAAAAAUGUCGUUUGGUAUUGCCGACUUGGAUUGAUAGAGAUUUGCUUGAAGACAAGAAAGAAGAAGAAAAACGAGACCCAAAUUUUACGAAAAUGCCUUGUGAAAAUUAUAUGGUGGUUUCAAAACUUCUAUUCACACAUGCAGCUGAUGACAUCCCAAACAUUGAUGAGGUCAAAACACUCAUAAAAGAUAUCUUUGAUAUUCGACAAGCAAAGUUAAGAUCAACUAUAGAUCUCGUUUUAAUAGGAAAUUCAUCUAUGGAAAGCGAUAUAAAAGUUUCCUUUAAUAAUCUUACUUUACUUGAAAUCAACACUGCUCGUCCUUUUCUGCCUUUUGCAAAUGAUUUGAUUGCGAGACUUGAAAGAGUCUAUCAACAACAUUCGUCAAAUCUUAAUGAUACAACUCAAUCGGCAUCUCAUUUUUCUUCAUCGACUUAUUAGAAUGGAGAUUUUUUUUAUUAAAUAUUUAAAUAUAAUUAAGUAAUUAGAAGAAUUAUAAUCAACACUCCUAAAAUAAUUGAUAACCAUACUAGAAU